AUGUCAACAUCAACAGCUCCAUUCUACCAGCUUCGUUGCGGUUGUAACCAAUACCCAUGGGGUAAACAAGGCUCCAACUCUCUAUCCGCCCGACUCUGCGAGAAGACACCAGGAUGGGACGGAGACGACAAGAAGAACUUUAAGAUUUACGAGGACAAGCCGUAUGCUGAGAUGUGGAUGGGCACUUACCCUACCCUGCCCUCUUAUGUUGCUAGCACAGGGGAGGAUCUCCAAGAUGUUCUAGAUCGAUAUCCUAAGGAGCUUCUUGGAGAGAAGGUGGUUAACAAGUUCGGACACAGCAAGCUUCCAUACCUACCCAAGGUUCUGUCGAUUGCGAAAGCAUUGCCUCUGCAGGUUCACCCCAAUAAAGAGUUCUCGAGCAAGAAGCACAAGGAGGAUCCCGACUCAUUCACCGACGGUAACCACAAGCCUGAGAUUGCUCUUGCUUUGUCUGAAUUUGAAGCGUUCUGUGGCUUCAAACCUGUCGAGGCCAUAGUGGAUAUCUUGCGCCAGAAGCCGCUGCGACAUCUCCUCGUUGCCGGAGGCUUAACCGUUACGGAUGAGAAACUUACCCCGGAAGGAUUGAAACAAGUCGUUCGAACAAUCUUGACCUCUUCUGACGAAGAUAUCAAGAAAACCUUCCAGGCAAUCAGGGAGCUCCCUGACUCUGCUUUUACUGGUCCUAACUCCCAUAUUCCCCAAGUCGCCAAGAAGCUUGAGGAUCAAUUCCCCACGAAUGAUCCCGGUAACCUCGUAGGCCUUCUAUGCAUGAACUACAUGCUACUCCAACCAGGCGAGGUCAUCUACAUUCCCGCCGGCGGUAUCCAUGCCUACAUCCAGGGCGACAUCAUCGAAUGCAUGGCGCGCUCCGACAACGUUCUCAAUACUGGUUUCUGCCCCAAGGCGGAACGGGACAAUGUUGAUGAAUUUUGUUCAGUAAUAAACUGGGAGUCUACAACCAAAACCCAGACCACCCUGCAACCAGAGACUUAUCCCGGAAGCAAGGAGGGAAAGACCCAGCUGUUCAAACCCCCUACCAGCGAGUUCAACGUCCUCACAACCGAUCUGAAUUCUGGUGAGCGCGAGACCUUGAGUGAAGGUGGUCCCAAGAUUAUUCUAGCGUCUCGAGGCAGCGCGAUAGUGAAGGCCAAUGACCAGUCAUUUGAGUUGGGAGAAGGACAUGUUUAUUUCAUCGCCCAAGGGGUGAAACUGGAAAUUACUGCUGGUAGUGACGGACUGUUGCUGCAUAGCGCAGUUUCAGAAUAA